UAGAAUAUUCCCUAGAAAAUUAAAUUGUUUUUGUUUUGACAUUUGCACUUGGAUAGACACAGAUGGUCAAUCGAUUGACCAAUCAACCGUUUUAAAUGACAUUGGAAUUGCAAAUAGUACAUGGUCCUUGGGGUUGUUUUCAUCGACCUUAAAUCCUAGGCUCUUCCUGUUAUUACUUUAAAUAAAUACCAUUUACCUGAGAUUUACUGAGUGAUUCAACGGCAAGAUGUUACGACAAGUCACAGUUGUAAUCCUUUUGAGUUUCAGCGGCUUAUUUGCUUUUGAACAUUCUACAAGCCACGAGUCAAGUCAUAAUUCAGUAUCGGGUUAUAGUAAAACGUCUUCACACGAAGGUGGCCGAUCAUACAGUUAUAGCAAAAAAACAUCACAUGGUCCUGGUUAUAGUUACAGCUAUAGCUAUGGUACGGACCAUGGAUCACCAUUGUACUUUUCAGAAUAUGCUCCUCAUUUUCAUUCGUAUAGUAGUCCUCUCUUCAUUCCUGAUGUACUGUUAGAUAUUGAGCUGGAUCAUGAUUUAGACACUGAUUUGGAUUUCUAUAUAGACACAGAUUUAGAUUUGGAUUUGGACUUAGAUUUUCCUGGAAUUGAAUACGGUCUUGGAUACGUUGGAAAAUAUGGACAUCUAUACAGAAUACCAAAAUAUGGACAUUCUAGGCUUUACAGAAAUUUAGAUGGACAUAUUUUAAACUAUGGAGGAAGAUAAAGUCUUUAGUAAAUUCAUGAGAAAAAAUAACCCUAGUUUCUUUGAAAAAUUCAAUUAGUAAAAAAGUUAAUUUUAAGUUUCGUAAAGAAUUAAAAAUGUUUGUAAAAAAUUAAGUUUUAUUGUAUAAUAUUGAAACCAUUCAUAUUAUAAUAUAAUAAUUAAACUUAUAACACCAUUUAACCUUUUAUUUAUUUAAAAUAAAUAAUUAUAAUAAAUUGUUCUACCCAAUAUGUUUUAUUAAAAUCAUUUUAUACAUCUACCUCAACAUUAGGGUGGGUGUAUUUAUAAAUUGAAU